CAAUAUGGCAGAGGCCACAGAGGCCCGACUUUCUUGUUUCACUGUACCUACUUUAUAAAAGAAUCGAAAAAUAUAAAAUUUGCUCAUGUAUUGAGAAAUAAAUAGACGAAAAUUGUGAAAUAUUAAUAUUAUGAUAAGUGUUUCGUUACCUAUAAAUGAGUAUUUGUAAUUAAAAAUAAGCAAACAUGUUAAAGGAUAAAGGACAAGUAACUUUCGAAGAUAAAUGGCCAUCGAUGCGCCCUAUAGUUUUAAAGUUAUUGAAACAAGAAACAGUAACUCAAAUCGAAUGGCAAGAUCUUUUUGGGGCAGUGCAUUCAGUAUGCCUGUGGGAUGAAAGAGGCCCGUAUAAAGUUAGAGAAGCUCUUCAGCAGGACAUAAUGAUGUAUAUAAAACAGGCCCAGGCUAGAGUUUUAGCGCAACGUGAGGACCAAGCUCUCCUCAAAGCGUACAUAGCUGAAUGGGGCAAGUUUUUCACUCAAUGCAACUAUUUGCCUACUCCCUUUCGUCAGUUGGAAAGUUCUAUUAAUAACAUAAGCAAAGUGGCGAGUGCGAAUGCAACUAAUUCUCAAAAAAAGAACAAUAACAAUAACAUAGAAGAGAGCUUAGUGAGAAAGUUGAUGUUAGACUCCUGGAACCAGAGCAUUUUUGUGGAUAUCAAGCAGAGACUUCAAGAUUCUGCUAUGAAGCUUGUCCAAGCUGAACGUAAUGGUGAAUCUUUUGACUCCCAAUUAGUUAUAGGUGUAAGAGAGUCAUAUGUUAAUUUAUGCUCGAAUUCCAUAGAUAAGCUUCAAAUAUAUAGAGAUAAUUUUGAGGCAGCUUACAUGCAAUCCACAGAAGAAUUUUACAAAUUCAAAGCAAAUGAACAUCUAUUAUCAAACGGUGUUCAAUCAUACAUGAAAUAUGCUGAUCAGCGUCUCAAAGAGGAAGAAGCACGCGCCCACAGGUACUUGGAGCCGGGGAGUGGGAGUGUGGCUGCACUCACUCAGUGCUGUGAAAAAGUUUUAAUAGGAGAGCAUCUGCCAACGUUGUUAGCUGAAAGUGCUCCCUUAAUAAAAGCUGGAGAAACUGAGAAACUUCAGCUGAUGUUCCGUCUUCUUGACAGGGUCCCCGAAGGUGUUACACCAGUUUUGAGGGAUUUGGAAGCUCAUAUUGUAUCAGCUGGUUUAGCUGAUAUGGUAGCUUCUGCUGAUAUCAUAACGUCAGAUUCUGAAAAGUAUGUUGAACGUCUACUAGAUCUGUUUAAAAGAUUUAGCACCUUAGUAAAGGACGCUUUCUUGGAUGACCCAAGGUUCUUGACGGCCAGGGAUAAAGCGUACAAGUGUGUAGUGAACGACACUACUGUGUUUAAGUUGGAACUGCCUUCCUCUGCACUCCUGCGUGGUAGCAAGGGCACAGCACCAGAGAGUAAGUGUCCUGAACUAUUGGCAAACUACUGUGAUAUGUUAUUACGAAAAACACCUCUCAGUAAGCGAUUGACUAGUGAACAAAUAGAGUCUAGAUUAAGAGAUGUACUGUUAGUCCUAAAAUACAUUGAAAACAAAGAUGUUUUUAUGCGAUAUCACAAAGCUCACCUCACUAGGCGUUUAAUAUUAGACUCGAGUGCAGAUUCUGAAAAAGAGGAAGAUAUGGUCGAAUGGCUUCGUGAAGUUGGCAUGCCAGCUGAUUAUGUCAACAAAUUAGCUCGCAUGUUUCAGGAUAUUAAAGUCAGUGAGGAUCUGAAUACUCAGUUUAGAGGUGAAACUACAAGGCAUGAUGCUAUCAAUAUUAAAAUACUCAAUGCGGGUGCAUGGGCUCGAGGUUCUGAAAGAGUGACUGUUAGUCUGCCUCUAGAGUUAGAAGAUUAUAUUCCAGAAGUCGAAGACUUUUAUAAAAAGAAACACUCGGGCAGAAAAUUGCAAUGGUACCACCAUAUGAGCAAUGGCACUAUUACAUUUGCAAAUUCAGUGGGUAGAUUUGAUUUGGACGUUACAACUUUCCAAAUGGCCGUGUUAUUUGCUUGGAAUCAAAGACCAAUGGAAAAAGUAACUUAUGAGAACUUAAGACUUGCCACUGAAUUGCCUGAUCCGGAAUUAAGAAGAACUUUGUGGUCACUAGUCGCUUUUCCUAAACUUAAACGACAACUGUUAUGUUAUGAACCUAUUGUGCAAAAUCCUAAAGAUUUUUCAGAAAAUACAACUUUUUGGGUCAACCAAGAAUUUGCUCUUAUUAAAAAUGGGAAGCCACAGCGCCGGGGAAAGAUAAAUUUAAUUGGAAGGCUUCAACUUAGUACUGAACGCUCACAAUUAGAAGACAACCAUUCCAUUGUUCAGUUGAGGAUUCUAAGAACACAAGAAGCUAUUAUAAAAAUCUUGAAAAUGCGAAAACGCAUUACAAACACUGCUCUGCAGAGUGAAUUAAUUGAAAUACUGAAGAAUAUGUUCCUGCCGUCAAAGAAAAUGAUAAAGGAACAGCUGGAAUGGCUCAUUGAGCACAAAUACAUGCGGCGUGACGAUGACGACAUCAACACUUUUAUAUAUAUGGCCUAACAACCUCACAACAAUACAUCAAGGUGUAUGUGAAUAUCAAAUAAAUUAUUUACUCAAGAUCUGCAAA